AUGGCCAUUAAUCCAGGUGUUAAGGCUCUUCUCAGCUGGGUGAACAGCUUAAACCUGGCGGACAGAAAGAUUCUUGUAGAUGAUUUACAAGAUGGGACACUUUUACUUAAAGUUGUGUAUAUGCUGAAAAAGGAGCCCAACCCUUGUGUCAGUAAUUCCACAGAGGAUCGGUUUAAGGUCAUUGCUGACUUCGUAGAAAGGGAUUGCAGAUUUAGUGCAGAGAAAGGUGCGUCACUAUCCUGGAACAACAUAAGAGACGGCAUCAACCCAACUGUGGAAAUUGCAAAGGUGCUUUUGGUGCUGGUAUACCAUGACAUGAUGAACGACAGAUGCACUUUAAACAAGUUGGAAUGCGACGUGGAGCAAGAGCUUGCAAACCUGACUGGUUGUUAUGUGAUGGAGAGUGAGGGCAGUGUGUAUCUGAGCAGUGGGCUCGAUACUUAUCUGUCGUUGAGACGUUUGUCCGUCAGGAGUGAAGUAUUCGAUCGGCCAUCGUCCACCUCUACCUCCAGUGCUUCAUCCAGCUGCUCCUUCUCAGAUGACGAGUCUCCCAUGAUCCGCCGCACACAGAAAAUCACAUUUCUGGACAUGCAAACUGUAGCUUCUCCCUCUGUCAGCAAAUCUCCUCUGCAGGAUAUAAUGAACACACCUAAAUUCCAGUUGAGGAAGAUGCAGCGACAGAUCAUCAAGGAGCGAGACUACAGAGAUGCGUUGGAGAGGGAGCUUACGAGCAAGGUGGCACUCGUUACGCAGAAAGAGUCCCAAAUCAACCAGCUGCAGUAUCGCCUGGACAAGCUGAAAGAGGCGCAGGACGACACCGAGCAGGUUGCUAGGCAACAAAUCGAUAACGUCGAGACCAAGAACAACACAUUGCAAAUGCGGUUUAACGAGAUGCUAAAGCAAAACAAAGACUUCAAGACUAACUCUUCACUUAUGGAGCGGAAAGUGGACGAGUUAACGGAGGAAAACGGCGUUCUCUCCUCUCAGAUGAGAGCGCUGUGUUCAGAGUUGACCGUCUUCAAGGCUCAAGUUGAAAGGCUGACGGAGACCCAAGAAUCUGCUCAGGAGGACUGGAGAACAAAAACGGGACACCUGCAGUCUGAACUGAGCCAAGCUACCGCUCAAAAGGAACUGCUCGCUGAACAGAUUGAGAUUCUCCAGGGAAAGAUUUCCUGUUUAGAGGACGAGCUACGCAAAGCCACUGAGGCUGAAGUAGGGGAGAAUAUGGGGCCUGUAAUGGAGAGAGAAAUGUUGGAGAGUGAAAUCAACAGUUUGAGGACUGACCUGGAGAGCACAAUCGGUUCCCUGGAAAAGGCGGAGGUGGAGAUUCAGGCUAAAACACAGCAGCUGACGGAGUACCAACAGGAAAUGACUCAACAGAAAGAACUGCUGGAGCAACAAAAGUCUCACACGGAGGAAGUUAUUCAAGCCAAGGAUGAAAUUUUGGACAAUUUGCAAAAGGAGAUCACGGAGCAGAGAGCUGUCCUCCAGCAAAAGAUCCAGGAACUCAAGAUUCAACUGGAGCAGGUUGAGCUGCAGAAAACUGAGCAGGCAGUCAGACUACAACAGCACGUUUCUGCUUGUGAGCAAGAAAUUAGAAGACUAAAUGCAGAAAUUCAUGCUAAGGAGGAGCAGCUAAGUCUGCAGAGGAAGGAGAGCUCUACACAAUCUGAAACACUACAGCAGGAGAUCUCAGAUCUGAAUAAACAAAUCAAAAGUAUGAGCGACUUUCUACAACUUGUCCAGGAUCAGACUCGAGCCAAAGAAGAUUUGAUGGCCAAGCGGGAGCAGGAGAGCUCUGUGCAGGUCGAGGCUCUUAGGAAGGACACUACAGCCCUCGAGGAGCAGGUUAAGCUUCUGAGGGAAGAGAUCCAAACUAAAGAGGGACAGGUUGACUUGUUAAAGACUGAGAGCUACAAGCAAUCAGAAGAGCUGCAGAGUGAGAUUCAGAGUCUCCGAGACCAGGUCCAAAGUUUGACUGAAUCCCUGAAGACUGCAACAGAACAAGUUCAGGCUAAAGAAGACAUCUUGACCAAGAAAGAGUUGGAGAUCUCUCAGGAAAAAGACAAAUUCCAAAAUGUAAUGGCAGCAUCUGAAGAGGAGAUGAAGGGGCUCAGGGAGCAGAUCCAGGCUAAAGAGGAACAGCUCGUCACACUGAAGAAAGAGGGCUCUGUACAGUCUGACAUGCAACAGGAAGAGAUCCAAUGUCUUAAAAACCAACUGGAUGGUUUGCGUAUCUCUCUUGCAAAAGCCGAGGAGACAAUUCAGACUCAACAAGCCAAACUUACCAAGCAGGAGCAGGAGAGCUCUGUGCAGGUCGAGGUUUUCAGAAACGACACUACGGCCCUCGAGGAGCAGGUUAAACUGCUGAAGGAGGAGAUCCAAACUAAAGAGGGACAGGUUGACUUGUUAAAGACUGAGAGCUACAAGCAAUCAGAAGAGCUGCAGAAUGAGAUUCAGAGUCUCAGAGACCAGGUCCAAAGUUUGACUGAAUCCCUGAAGACUGCAACAGAGCAAGUUCAGGCUAAAGAAGACUUCUUGACCAAGAAAGAGUUGGAGAUCUCUCAGGAAAAAGACAAAUUUGACAAUUUAAUGGCAACCUCUGAAGAGGAGAUGAAGGGACUUAGGGAGCAGAUCCAGGCUAAAGAGGAACAGCUCGUCACACUGAAGAAAGAGGGCUCUGUACAGUCUGACAUGCAACAGGAAGAGACCCAGUGUCUGAAAAACCAGCUGGAUGGUUUGCGUAUCUCUCUUGCAAAAGCCGAGGAGACGAUUCAGACUCAACAAGCUGAAUUUACCAAGCAGGAGCAGGAGAGCUCUGUGCAGGUCGAGGCUCUUAGAAAUGACAGCGCGGCCCUCGAGGAGCAGGUUAAACAGCUGAGAGAAGAGAUCCAAACUAAAGAGGGACAGGUUGACUUGUUAAAGACUGAGAGCUGCAAGCAAUCAGAAGAGCUGCAGAGUGAGAUUCAAAGUCUCAGAGACCAGGUCCAAAGUUUGACUGAAUCCCUGAAGACUGCAACAGAACAAGUUCAGGCUAAAGAAGACAUCUUGACCAAGAAAGAGUUGGAGAUCUCUCAGGAAAAAGACAAAUUCCAAAAUGUAAUGGCAGCCUCUGAAGAGGAGAUGAAGGGGCUCUGGGAGCAGAUCCAGGCUAAAGAGGAACAGCUCGUCACACUGAAGAAAGAGGGCUCUGUCCAGUCUGACAUGCAACAGGAAGAGACCCAAUGUCUUAAAAACCAACUGGAUGGUUUGCGUAUCUCUCUUGCAAAAGCCGAGGAGACGAUUCAGACUCAACAAGCCAAACUUACCAAGCAGGAGCAGGAGAGCUCUGUGCAGGUCGAGGUUUUCAGAAACGACACUACGGCCCUCGAGGAGCAGGUUAAACUGCUGAAGGAGGAGAUCCAAACUAAAGAGGGACAGGUUGACUUGUUAAAGACUGAGAGCUACAAGCAAUCAGAAGAGCUGCAGAGUGAGAUUCAGAGUCUCAGAGACCAGGUCCAAAGUUUGACUGAAUCCCUGAAGACUGCAACAGAGCAAGUUCAGGCUAAAGAAGACUUCUUGACCAAGAAAGAGUUGGAGAUCUCUCAGGAAAAAGACAAAUUUGACAAUUUAAUGGCAACCUCUGAAGAGGAGAUGAAGGGACUUAGGGAGCAGAUCCAGGCUAAAGAGGAACAGCUCGUCACACUGAAGAAAGAGGGCUCUGUCCAGUCUGACAUGCAACAGGAAGAGACCCAGUGUCUGAAAAACCAGCUGGAUGGUUUGCGUAUCUCUCUUGCAAAAGCCGAGGAGACGAUUCAGACUCAACAAGCUGAAUUUACCAAGCAGGAGCAGGAGAGCUCUGUGCAGGUCGAGGCUCUUAGAAAUGACAGCGCGGCCCUCGAGGAGCAGGUUAAACAGCUGAGAGAAGAGAUCCAAACUAAAGAGGGACAGGUUAACUUGUUAAAGACUGAGAGCUGCAAGCAAUCAGAAGAGCUGCAGAAUGAGAUUCAAAGUCUCAGAGACCAGGUCCAAAGUUUGAGUGAAUCCCUGAAGACUGCAACAGAACAAGAUCGGGCUAAAGAAGACGUCUUGGCUAAGAUUGAACUCGAGAUUUCUCAGGAAAAAAAUGCUUUCCAAAACUUAAAAGCAACCUCUGAAGAGGAGAUGAAGGGGCUCAGGGAGCAGAUCCAGGCUAAAGAGGAACAACUCGUCACACUGAAGAAAGAGGGCUCUGUCCAGUCUGACAUGCAACAGGAAGAGAUCCAAUGUCUGAAAAACCAACUAUAUGAUAUGAGUGUCUCUCUCACAAAGACAGAGGAGCAGGUUCAGACUCAGCUGGGUCUUCUACAGCAGCAGCUGGCAGCGUCUGAGGCAGAGGUGAGGAAGACGAAAGAAGAGAUCCAAGCUAAAGAGGAACAGAUCAAACUCCUGAACACUGACAGCACAGAGCAAUCUGAUCUGCUCCACCAAGAGGUCCAAAGUUUAAAGAAGCAGAUGGAGACUCUUGAGUCCUCGCUGAGGAAGGCUGAGGAGGAUGUUCAGUCCAAAGAAGAUCUGUUGGCUCAACAGCAGCUGGAAAAUACUCAGCAGAUACUCCAGACGGAAAUGGAUCAGAAAGCUCUGGAAGAAAAAGUGGAAGCCCUGGUCUCUGAGAAGGAGAGGCUCGUCAAACACCAGGAGGUUUUGGACAGAGAGAACAAAGCCUCCCGUAAACUGGAAUCUCUGCUUCAGCAAGAGCUUCAAUUACUGAAAACUGAGAAAAGACUCUUGCAAGAGAAAGAGAAAGCAGAAGAAAGCGGGAUGCUGAAGGACCUUCAAGAGCAACUCCUGGCUAAAUCUGAAGCUGCGCAACACUACAAGGCUCAGAUGGAGAAGGCGGCGAGUUGCUACAACGACAAGAAGAAGCUUCUCCAGCAGAGCCAAGGCGAGGUGGACGGACUAAAGCACUCUCUGGAGGAGCGGGAGCGUGACGUGAGGGCAAUUACUGUGGAAAACAAGAGUCUUCAAAUGGAUCUGGAAGAGACCAAAAGCAGGGAGAAGGCUCUGUUGAAAACCGUGGCCAGUCUGGAGGCACAGUUGUCCUUCGCCGACCGUAACCUGCGUGCACAGAACAAGAUUCAUGGUGGUGAAAGACGUGAGUCACUUUACGUCGAGGUUCCCAGCAGACACUCGAGUGUUCACACGAGAGCUCAGGCGAAGAGAGCCGAGAGCUGCGACAGUCUGGAUCAGAGCUCUCUGGAAGACUCUCUGAACGCCACGAGGAAACUUUCAGAACCUGAUGAAGCGAGCACGCCUCUCGUCCGCAGUUCAGAGCGCCUGGCAGCCAAGCGCCGCGGUCUGCAUGCUGAGUCUCUGGAAACGCUGUACUUCACCCCUAUUAACACCAGACAGGUUAACAGGACCGGUACAGAACUGGACUCAGCAUUUAAAAACCCGUCUUCAUCUGUCAAACGACGAAGGACCACGCAGGUGAUAAACAUCACCCUGACUAAGAAAACUCCAGGUGGUGGUGAAGCCGACGAGACGUUCUACAGCACGUCCUCCCGCUCCCAGCCCAAUCUCGCUUCACGGCCAGUAUCCAUGGAGCUCUUCGACACGCCUGGCAGCAGGACUGACGCUGGCAGCAACCAGCUCGCGGGUCUGCCAGGCUAUCGAAGGAGCACCAUCCACUCACACACUGCGAGUACGUUCUGCGUCGGGGCAGAGAACGAGCCAGAGGGUGCACCCGAUGACUGGAUGAGGAUUGCAGAGCUCCAGGCGAGGAACAAGGCCUGCCUUCCUCACCUGAAGAGCAGUUACCCCGUGGAGUCUGAGCAUGGCCGCCACAGUGCGUUCGUUUUCACAGACGAAGAGCUCCGUAACGGCGACCCGUCCGAUACCAUCCGUCGGGCGUCUGCACUGCCCGGCCAGCUGCAAGACUCUCUGGCCUCUCACCGCCACUCCUUCAUGCUGGGGCAGACGGGCGCCGCGGCUGCCACCCGUGCUCACCGCAUGUCCCUGAUGCCCGGCCAGCUGCCGUCCAAAUCCUCCAGCCUCUCUCAGCUGAGGAGCCCGAAAGGCACAAAGCGGUCGGCAUCUACAUUGUCCGUACAUCAAACUUCACCUGAGAAAAAGGUGAAGGCGAGCUGCUUCCCUCGUCCACUCACUCCCAAAAAUAAGAAUGUAAACCCCGUAUCUUCCAGUUACCAACUUCGCCCUGCUCUCAGCCCAGUUGAUCGGAGGGAGUCGAUGGUCUUCACUAUCGAGAACACCCCCAAACACAACAACUACUUAAAGAAAGGUCUGAAUAAGCUCCGAAGCUCCGCCCGCAAAUCCCCAGGCUCCAAAUCGAGGAAGUCGCCAACUCAGUCGGCGCGCAAGGAAAAUCCUCCCUCAGUGAAAUCCCGCCCCGGAGUGGGACGAGAGGGCAAAGUGGGUAGCUUCAAGUCGCCCCAGGUUACAAUGAAAGCACAGAAGAAGUCUCCUCAAGCCGCUAGCAGGUCCUCAAAGCCUCAGGGACUGACGGCUAGCGCUCGCAAGAUGAUGGGCAGGAUGAAGGUGUGAAGUCGUUCUGAUUGGCUCCAGUUCAACCUGAUCCAACUUUUUAUUUUCUUCUUUUUUCCAGCACAAUUCAUUUGUAUUGUUGUUGUU